AUGUCCUGCCUGCGGAACCAGCAGCAGUGCCAGCCCCUCCCAAGUGCCCCGCCCAAGUGCCCCAAGAAGAGCCCAGCACAGUGCCUGCCUGCUGCCUCCUCCUGCUCUGCUGCCUCCUCCUGCUCUGCUGCCGGCUCUGGGGGCUGCGGUGGCCUCAGCUCCAGCUCCGAGGGAGGCUGCUGCCUGAGCCACCACAGGCGCCGCAGGUCCCACAGGUGCAGGCUGCGGAGCUCGGACUCCUGUGAUGGUGACAGUGGGCGGCAGUGUGGGGGCUCUGGCUGUGGCCACAGCUCUGGAGGCUGUUGCUGA